AUGACCCGCAGCCGCAUCCCAGUGAGAAACCCACCAUACCCCAUGGAUGGCAUUAUGGUGAUCACUUGGCUUACUGCUCGGUAUGGGAACAUCUUCAGCGUGCAGUUUGGAAGCCUGACGUUUGUGGUAGUCAACGGGUACCAGAUGGUGAGAGAAGCUUUUGUCCACCAGGCUGAAAUAUUUACAGAUCGGCCAAAUAUUCCACUCCUCCAAGAAAUAUUCAGAGGCUUUGCAAGACUAGUUUGCUUGGUUUUACUGCCUACAGGACUCAUAUCAUCAAAUGGGCAUAUUUGGAGGCAACAGAGAAAGUUUACUCUAGCAACACUGAAAAGCCUUGCUGUAAGUUUUGAGGAGAAAGUGCAAGAGGAGAACCGGUACCUUGUGGAGACGAUUGAGGAGGAGAAAGGCCAGCCAUUUGACCCUCAUUAUAAAAUUAAUAGCGCUGUUUCGAACAUCAUCUGUUCCAUAACUUUUGGGAACCGCUUCGACUACCAUGACAACCGUUUCCAGGAAUUGCUGCACUCGCUGGCUGAAACGCUUCUGCUCAUCGGAAGUUUCUGGGGCCAGCUGUACAAUGCUUUCCCCUUCAUCAUGAGAUGGCUGCCAGGACCCUUUAGGAAAAUCUUCAAGCACUGGGAGAAACUUGAGUGCUUUGUAAAAGGAGUGAUCGCAAAGCACAAGGAGGAUUUGGACCAGUCCGAGGCAAGAGAUUAUAUUGACUGUUACCUGAAGGAAAUCGAAAAGUCUAAGGGUGACACCGGCUCAUAUUUCCAUGAGGAAAACCUGCUGUGCUCCACCCUGGACCUCUUCUUAACCGGGACUGAGACAACGGCAACCGCCAUCCGCUGGGCUCUGCUCUACAUGGCCACGUACCCCCACAUUCAGGAGAAAGUGCAACUUGAAAUCGACAUGGUGAUCGGCCAAUCCCGCCAACCCACGAUGGCUGACAAGGAGAACAUGCCCUACACCAGCGCGGUGCUGAGUGAGGUCCUGAGGAUGAGCAACGUGGUACCCCUGGGGGUGCCCAGGAUGUCCACCAGUGACACCACCCUGGCUGGCUUUCACCUGCCCAAAGGCACCACCGUGAUGCCCAGCCUGACUUCGAUAAUGUUCGACAAAAACGUGUGGGAGACUCCAGACACCUUUAAUCCUGAACAUUUCCUGGAUAACGGCCAGUACAGGAGGCGGGAGGCUUUUCUGCCCUUCUCUGCAGGUAAGCGGGCUUGUCCCGGGGAGCAGCUCGCCAGGACCGAGCUCUUCAUCUUCUUCACAGCCCUCCUGCAGAAGUUCACCUUCCGGGCGCCAGAGGCUGCCAUGCUGACCUUCGCCUUCACACUCAGCCUCACACGCUGCCCCAAGCCCUUCCAGAUCUGUGCACUGCCGCGUGAUUGAGGCCAGCCUGGGGCUGCCCCAGACCCUCCCUGCUUCCCAAAGUGUCGCUAUCAGCCCCAUAGAUUUGGGGCUGGAAUGAUGGGCCGCGGAUAUCAAGCACACACUAAUAUGUGGGUGGCGGUGGGCAGGACAGGAGGGACACAUAGAAUCAGAAUUUAGGCUGGAAGGGACCUUCAAAGGUCAUCUAGUCCAACCCCCCUGCAAUGAGCAAGGACAUCAGCUACAUCAGGUUGCCCAGAACCACGUCCAGCCUGGCCUCCAGUGUCUCCAGGGAUGUGCAUCUACACAUCCUGCACACUGCAAUGAGGACAACCCUUGCGGCUCUUCCCUCUGUCAGUUUGACAAAGUGCUUGAAUUUAAAAGCCUUAUUACUUAAUUUCAGCCAUUAGCAACUUCCAGGAAGGUGUCUGCCAGCUGCAAAACCAUGGGCACAGUUGGGUCCACGGCUUUUAAUUAAUUAAAAGUUGAUUAAAUGAGCACGAGUUAGUUAAUUAAAAAGGCAAGUCGAAGAGAUUUUGUUUCCAUUUAUGCGACCAAGCAUUAAGGCUUAGAAAUGCAGUUCCCUGUGUGCUUUUGUUUGGAAUAUAGGCAUAGCAAAGAUUGCUUCUUUCCUCUUUCCUCCUCACCUUUCAUGAGAAGUGACUUUUCUCUGGGCACCCACGUAGGAUUCGGAAUAGUUCACAGGAAAAGAGAAUUAAAUACAGUUCCGUUUCCGCCGG